AAUUGAAGCGGCAAAUCAAUCCUGAUGAUCAUUCGUGUACAAUCUCCGAACGGAAUAAAAAGGAUAGAACUGCCAGAAACUGAUAGCUAUGAUAAAUUUUUAAGCUUAGUGUGUGAAAAGUUCGGCAUUGGCCGAAAUGAUAGUUGGUGCCUUUCGCGAUCUCAUAGCCAGUCUGAACGUCUAAAUGUCAGCCUGAAUACACGUUUAGCAAAAUUAGGUUUAAAACACGGGGAUCUUCUCUUCCUCUUGGAUCACCCCAGAAGUCGUGGCGAAGAAACUGCUAAUAAAGACCAACAAAAUGAUUCCAGCUCUCAUAUUAAUCUUAAUAAUUGGUCUACCUGUGGACCGCCAGUAGAAGAUAAAGUUGACCAAGAAAUGGCUAAAAUGGAUGGUCGUAUUCACCGUAAAAGAAAUGAACAAUUGUAAGAGUUAUUUUUUCUACUUAAUAUCGUAUUAUCCGCUUUUCGACGUGGAAUAACAAUCCUAUUUACUGAAUAGAAAAACAUGUUUUGUUUAAAAUAAUGGACCAGAACCAUAAUUAACUCAUUCACCAGGUAUUUCGGUACGAACCACACUCAAAGUCCAAUGGAUUAUGAUACUACCCAGUUGGUCAAACCGAAGUAAGUGGGACGUGGUUCAAAACGUUCUGUAUAGAACUGGAUGGCAAUGUUAGAAAGUGGCUAAAGGAAAAAAGUCACUAUUAUGAAAGGAUUAGGAAGUAUGAUAAAAACGUAGUCGAGAUAGGGUUCGUCCAUUUAGAUUACCUAUCAUAUGAUUUAUUGGUAAAGAAGGACUGAACUAUGUUGGCAAAACGCUGUUUAGAAGUUGCAGGUGCUAGUAUAGGUUGUGUUCGUAGUAAGCAUUUGACUAAUAAAACAUUGUAAACGUCUUUCUACGGGAUGUUCAGCUUUUUUCCAUUUACCAAUUUACUGUUUAGACGUUUUUUUACUUUUAGAUGUCACCAUCCCUUAUCUGGGCAAUGUAUCCACUGUGUUCCCCUUGAGCCUUUUGAUUCAGCCUAUUUGGAACAUUUAGAUCCUCCAGUGAAAUUUAUGUCAUUUCAUGCAUAUCUACGUAAAUUAACUGGUGGACAGAGCAAAGGAAAAUUUUCAUCUUUGGAAAAUUUAAGUUGUCAUAUUCGUCCCGGUUGUCGUGAUCAUCCUCCAUGGCCUAAUGGAAUUUGUACUAAAUGUCAACCGAAUCCAGUAACUUUAGAAAUUCAGCCAUAUCGUCAUGUAGAUUUUGUACAAUUUGAAAAUCCACAAUUAAUGAAUACAUUUUUGGAUUAUUGGCGACAAACAAGUUGUCAACGUAUUGGUAUUAUGCUUGGCCGAUAUGCUCAUUUCAAUGCACCAGGUUCACCUCCAUUAGCAAUAAAAGCAGUUGUAGCUGUAAUUUAUGAACCAGCUCAAGAAUCCACACCGAAAUCAGUAAAAUUAAUCGGUCCACUCGACAAUGUUUUACCAAAACAUGUCAUGGAAGUUGCUAAACGAAUUGGUCUACAGCCAGUUGGUUGGAUAUUUACUGAUUUAGUCGCUCAAAACUCAAAUGGUAAUGGUGUUGUCAAACAUUUUCGUGGUACUGUGGAUACUUUCUUUUUAAGUGCUGAAGAAUGUGUCACUGCUGCUCAUCUACAAAAUCUUCAUCCAAAUAUUUGUCGUCUAAGUCCUGAUGGAUGUUUUGGUUCCAAAUUUACCACGGUUGUUGUCACUGGUGAUGCAUCGAAUCAUAUACAUUUUGAAGCUUAUCAAGUUAGUAAUCAAGCUAUGGCGUUAGUGAAAGAUAAUAUUCUUGUGCCGACAUAUGAUGCACCUGAGUUAGGUUAUGUAAAAGAAACUACAAAAGAACAAUUCGUUCCGGAGGUGUUUUAUGCGACCAAGGAUAAAUAUGGUAAUCGUGUUACACGUGUAGCUCGUCCUUUACCAGUUGAGUUUCUGUUAACAAAUAUGCCAACAGCUUUUCCAAUUGAACCAUUUUAUACAAUGGCUAAAUUUCCUGAUGAUUUUCCAGCUGAUUUUCAAUUUCCAAUUGAGAAUCGUGAGUGUCUAGGUCAAAUUCAAGAUAUUCCGAGUUUUGCUCGUGUACUUCAUAAAUUUGGAGUUGAUCAAAUUCAUACAUGUUUGACUAAUUUCCAUAUACUUGCAUGGUUAGUUAACAAUGAUACACUUGGUUUACAAAUUUUCAACUCUGAAGGUAAAUUAAAUGAAGAUCCAUAUGGAAUCGUUGGUUUAUUGGAUGCGAUUGCUUUACGUUGUUCUAAUAAUAAUGAUUCGAUAAAACAAUAUGAAUUAGGUGUUAAGAAAUGGGCUAGUGAAUCACCAAUUUGGGCUACUGUACAAGAGUUGGCUAAUGCAGUUGUUUCCGAUAUGCCACCUAGUCCUCCAUUGCCUACUCAAUCAGAUUCCUAUCGUUCUGCACUCAGUGGUUCUAGUGUUUCUUUAGGAGUUGGUCCAACAUCAGUACCUAAAUCAACUUGGUCAUCUCAAACAACGACACCAUCGGGGAUAACAGAACAAAGAAAUUCAGAAUCUAGUCACUGGGCCUGUUCUCACUGUACUUUUCAUAAUAGUCCUGAUACUGAUGAAUGCGAAAUGUGUCGCCUGCCUCGACGUGGAUAAAGCGCGCUUAGGUGGUAAACCGAUGACAGAAAAGAUCAAUGAACAGUGACGCUGGUAACAAUGACGCUUAUUUAAGACGACUUCUUUAGGGAUCGUGCAUCUAUCUUUUUACCUAAGGAUGAGAUAAAUAAACAAGUUCUUUCCGUUCUCUUUUGUAUGUGAAUAACGUUUGUCGUUUAUUGCAGAUUGUUCAUUUUUUUAUCUGAACCUUUCUUGCCCGUUCUCCUAUAAAUCUGUAACUUUGUCUUUUAAUAAUAAUUACUUCACUCA